AUGGCCAAGCGACCGGGGACCGACGACGGGAUGCAGACUUCGCGGAGCCCCGUGCGGGAUUUCGCGGACGUGGACGCGGACGUGGACGCGGACGUGGACGCGGAAUGCGGUUCUGGAUCCGAGGACGUGUCCCUGGAGCAGAUCCUGGCUCUUUACAGCCAACCGAUAAACGAGGAGCAGGCGUGGGCCGUGUGCUACCAGUGCUGCCGGGCUCUGGCCCGCAGGCACCGGGGGAGAGGGUCCCGGUCCUCCCGGUCCUCCUCCCGGUCCCCCUCCCGGUUCCCCGGGAGGAUCGAGGGCCCCGGGGACGUGCGCAUCCGGAGGGACGGGACCGUCAGGCUGCACUCUGCCCGCGCAGAUAAAUACCAGCCCGCUCCCACGUCAUUAGAGCUGCUGGAGACGCAGUUCUUCCUCAUUCGUUCCGACUCGUUCCUUCACAGAAUUAAACUGAACUAA